CCGCAGUUCCACGCGGGAACCCAGCAGCACCACAUGAUGCAGCAGAUGCCAGGGCAGCUGCAGAUGCCAGGGCAGCAGGCGGUGCCACGCCAGCAGAUGCCAGGGCAGCAGCCAAUGACAGGGUUCUUGCAGAUGCCAGGACAGCAGCAGAUGCCAGGGCAGCAGAAGAUGCCACCGCAGAUGCCUGGGCAGCAACAGAUGCCACCGCAGCAGAUGCCAGGACAGCAGCCGCCCGUGCCACCGCCUGCUGGUCCGCCCCCAGCGCAGACAUCGCCCGCUGCGACGACUGCAAGUGCUGGAAUGAUGAGCCCACCGACGUGGCCUUUCACGCAGGAUGCGCACAACAUGCAGCAGAUGAUUGCCAAGGGCAAAGCGAUGGGCAAGGGCUCGACCGAGAUUGCACAGAUGGUAGCGCACACGAUGAACCAGCGCGAGCAGCUCAGCCAGAUGACGCCCGCCCAAGUCAAUACCGAAGUGAUGCAGCAGCAGCAACGCAUGAUCGCCCAGCAGCAAGAGGACAUGCAGCGCAUGCAAGCGCAGGUGCAACACUUGCUCAGCGUCAACGCGAUGCACAAGAUGCAGGCCAGCGGAGUGGAGAUCCCGCCUGCGAUGCAGCAGGCCGCUGCCACUCCUCCUGGGGCGCCAGGGACCCAUGCGCCAGCCCAGCCCGCUGUGGGAGCAGUGGAUGCGGCGCGCGCUGGCCCCAUGGGCGCUACGGCUGUGCCACUGACGCCGAGGGCGGAUCCCGCGGUCCCUACGGGGGGUGCCGCCUGGGACGCUUCGCAGCCGCCUGGGGUAGUGACUGUGACUGGCUCUCCGACGCCGUACGUGGAGCCGCUCGACCCGACCCAGAAGAUGACGCAGGAAGAGCUGAUGCCAGGUCCAGCUCUGUCGGUCACGGAGGACACGCUCUCGUCAUCCUCGCUGCCCACGGACUCGCAGUUUCAAACAGCUAUCAACGAGCUAGCGGAGAGGGGUGCGAUCAAGACGAACCUCAGCCACGGGCCCCCGAGGGAGGAGGCCAAGGAGAGGAGGGACACCUUCGUCACGGGGGAGUCGCCGCCGCACAAGGCGAAAUGCGUCGACGACAUUUAG